CCACUCUGCGGGCUUAAUCGCAUUCUCUCUUUCUCUUGCUCUACCUCAAUUUCUCCCUCCCUCUUACUGCCUUUUGUUGCAGCCCCUUACUUUCUCAACAUUUGGACAGAGAGGACUGAUGCUGUUCACGUGUGCAUAUAUGUACAAUACAUGUGUAUGUGUAUAGUUUGGGUGUCCCUUCUCACCUCUGAGGAGCUCCAUGGACUGAAGUGUACUGGGAUACGGACUGAUGGGACCUUCAUGUUGAAUGACCGCACCACACACUGCGCUGCUGUAAAGCCUGCUGCUGACCACCGCACCGCCACCUCCGCUUCAAAUUCGGAUGUCGAGACGUGAGUUGGACGUUCGCUGGAUUUAUCUCAACGAAUUUUGAAUCCACGUGGGUCGAACAUUGUCUUCCAAGAUGGAAUCAGCACCUAAUACAAACACCCAAAAGAUAUAAAAAAGGAGCAAUCCAGUAUAUUUCAUCCGGUGCCAGAUUCCUGUGUAUUGUGCGUCGUUUUGGUUCCCAUGGACCUCAGAAUUGGAGAGCGGGGGAUGCGCCCCGGCUCUGACACGGCCCUCCUCACACCAUUGCACCCGCCGUUGCUUCUCAGCCCAUUUUCCCCGCAGACCCGAACCUCCUUCUCCCAGCACCAGCUUCAACAGCACAUACGGUUUAAUAUGGAGCGGCGUCGUGAACAGGAACACCAUGAGAAGCAACAAGAAUUGCAGCAGCUCAAAAACAAGGACAAGAGUCAACAAAGUGCAGUGGCCAGUUCACUGGUUAAACAGAAACUGCAGGAGGUCAUCUUGAAAAAGCAGAAGCAAGCGGCACUGGAAAGAACUAGCUCCAAUACUUUGACUUCUACGCCGGUGACAUACAGAAAACUUGGACCGGAUCAGAGUGUUUCCUCCCAACCUCCGGUCACAUCUCCCACGCUGCCUUCGUCCGAGGUUUCAGAAGGGACACGUUUACGCAGGGCAGCAUCUGAGCCCAAUUUAAAAGUGAAGCAUAAGCUGAAGAAACAUCUCAACACCCGCCAGAGCCCGCUCACCCGCAAAGAAAGCGCCCCACCCACUAUCAGACACCGAGUACCUGACACACUUGACUCAUCGCCCAGCAGCAGCAGCACUCCGGUCUCUGGUUGCAGUUCCCCCAAUGACAGUCUUCCCAGUGAAAAUGGGCUAGUGCCAUCUGCAGGCGGACUUUCACAUGAGGCACAGAAGCUGCUACUCAGAGAUGGCACUCUGGCAAACUUCACCAUCCAGAGUCCUUCCACUCUGCCGACUAUCACGCUUGGACUACCAGCCAAUGCCAGGGUUGAAGGAGAGCUGUCCACUCUGAAGCUUGGUCGAGGGCCCUUGGUCGCAGCCGGAGCCCCGCAGGUCUUGUUGCCUCUGAGCAGAGAGGAUCAAGCGGGGCAGCUCAGCUCACGACUUCCUGUUAUCAUCCUGGAGCCGUCCGGACUGGUUCAUGCUCCACUACUCACUGUUCCAACACUCGACUCAGUGCCACUACAGUUUUCCUCCCAAUUGGACCAACUUUCCCCAGGAGGUGCCCAGGCCCACAAGCCCCUUAGCAGAACCCGUUCAGAACCCCUCCCGCAAAGCCCCAGGAUGCUUCACUCACACCUCCUCCAACAGCACCACAACACACAACUACUGGAGCGAUUAAAACAACAGACUCACCUCGGAAAGCUUAUGUCCAAGUCCAGUGAGAAACCCAGACUGCAUCAGAUCCCUUCCGAGGACAUGGACUCAGAAGAUGGUGGAGCAACGUCGCCUUCGGAGCCAGCCUAUCAGAGCAGACUGAGGCCAGAUUCUCUCAGGGAGGCGGAUCUAGCAACAUCCAAUAGUCAAGAGCAGAUCAACCUGCAACAUGCACUCAUACUCAAUCAGUCACUACUGUGGGAACAACAGAAGCAGCUGCAGCAGUUACAUCGACAGAUGGAGACGCUGGCCGUACCGAUGCUUUGUAGCGGCGGAGGUGGUGCGGUCUGUGGCGCGUUGGGUAUGCAUCGGCCUCUAUCACGUACACAGUCGUCCCCGGCCUCUACAUCUCUCACUCUGCCCGAAAAACCUCUGAGCCUAACUGGGCAGGAGUCAAGCAGCAAAUCCCGCUUCACCACUGGUCUGGUGUAUGAUUCUCAAAUGUUGAAGCACCAGUGUGCCUGCGGAGACAACAGCAGCCACCCAGAGCAUGCUGGGAGAAUACAGAGCAUCUGGUCUCGACUACAGGAGAGGGGCCUGAGGGGGCAGUGUGAGAGCAUUCGUGGUCGUAAGGCAACUUUGGAAGAGCUGCAGUCCGUCCAUACGGAGCGCCAUGUUUUGCUCUACGGCACCAACCCGCUCAACAGGCUCAAACUGGACAACCGCAAACUGGCAGGAAUCCUCUCUCAAAGGAUGUUUGUCAUGUUACCGUGUGGAGGUGUUGGGGUUGACAACGACACCAUCUGGAAUGAGUCGCACACAUCCACGGCGGCACGCAUGGCCGCCGGCAGUGUUGUCGAGCUGGCUGUCAGAGUGGCCAAGGGUGAGCUGAAGAAUGGCUUUGCUGUGGUCAGACCACCAGGGCACCAUGCGGACCCCUCCAACCCAAUGGGUUUCUGCUACUUCAAUUCCGUAGCUAUUGCCGCCAAACAACUCCAACAAAAGCUCAGUGUGAGCAAAAUCCUUAUUGUUGAUUGGGAUGUUCACCAUGGUAACGGGACCCAGGAAAUUUUUUAUAGUGACCCAAGCGUCCUCUACAUGUCGCUGCAUCGCUAUGAUCAUGGCAAUUUCUUUCCUGGCAGUGGAUCACCUGCUGAGGUUGGCUUAGGUGCCGGGAAGGGCUUCAACGUGAAUGUGGCAUGGACAGGAGGUCUGGACCCUCCCAUGGGGGAUGCAGAGUACCUUGCUGCAUUCAGGACUGUGAUGAUGCCCAUCGCCCAGGAAUUUGCCCCGGAUGUCGUUCUGGUCUCUGCUGGGUUCGACGCUGCCGAGGGCAACCCCGCACCUCUCGGAGGGUACAAAGUCUCUGCCAAAUGUUUCAGCUUCCUGACUCGCCAGCUGAUGUCUCUAGCAGGGGGCCGUCUGGUUUUGUCCCUGGAGGGAGGUCAUGACCUCACAGCCAUCUGCGAUGCAUCAGAAGCCUGUGUCAGUGCGCUUCUCGGUGCACAGGACCCACUAUCAGAAGAGGUUCUGCUGCAGAAACCAAAUGAUAACGCUAUCCGCUCCUUGCAGACGGUCAUACAAAUUCAAAGUCAGUACUGGCAGAGUGUGAAAGCAUACAGUGGCUCCGUGGCUCUGUCCUACCUCGCUGCUCAGAGACGAGACUGCGAGGAAACGGAUGCCGUCAAUGCUCUGGCCUCGCUCUCUGUGGGAGUUCUUUCCAGUGAGAGCCUUCCGGAUGAGCCAAUGGAACAUGACAGUGACUCCAUGUGAGCGCUGGCCUCACUCAACUCCCCUUCAGGAACUAGACUGGCGCCACUUGUAGCACUGGAUCUCCAGCACCGCUCACCAGCAUGGCAAUGGGCGGCAGGGGCAACAAACAAUCCAUUCAUCUUGCCUUGUGGCCACACAGACACACAAACGCGACAUAAGCACCUCAACGCUGAGAACCACUCGGCGCCAACCUUGUGAAACCUCACCAAAGAGCAAUACGAGAUGUUUUAUGAACUUGACUGAUAAUGAAUUGUGCCUUUUGUACAGCUCUGAACACUCAUACACGCACCAUUCAAGUUUUUCCUUCAAGCACUAUGUUGCAGAUGCUGGCUUUCUCGCCUCUACUUUGCCUUAACAUUCGGACCAAGGACUGCGUCCAUCGGAGGACUUUGGAUUCCUCCCACUCCCGCUUCAUGCCACUUUAAACCCCCCCCCCCCCAAGGACAAAUAGAAUGACUAUGGAAAAAGUAUGCAACAUUUUGAGAUUUAAUAACAUCCUGACUGCCGUUUAACCACUAUGUGACACAGCUCCAAUUUUGUUGAAAAAAAAAAAAAGGGCAAAAGUCCUUGUUGCUUAAUUGCACUGUUCAUUCGUUAA